CAUUGGCUCAAGCUCAACAGCUCAACAUCGCAGCGUACAGAUCUGCUUCGCAACUUCGACCUUUGACAAUGGCCGAGAGCUCUCAGAUGCUGAAGCUAGCAGGCGGCAUGGCUGUAGGGGCCACAGCGGUUAUGGUGGCAUCUUCGGCUCUCAAACAAUCCUUGAGGGAUUCCGUGCGAUGCGAUGCCUCUUCUUCUUUUGAGUACCACCUCGCAGUGCAUUGCCCUGAAAUCACGGCUGCAACCUGGCAGUUGGUGAAGCUUCCGAAAGCGGCCAGCGUGGUAGACUUGCGCCAAGCAACCUGUGCCGCGUUGGGUGCGGAUGUGGACUUCAGCUUCUAUCCGGUGGAGCGCGAGACGGUGGACGGAGCCUGCCUCAAGCUGGGGGAAGAGCUCAAAGAGAUCGGCUGCCUAGAGCUGUUGCUCGCGACUCUGCCGCCAGAUCACUUGCGCGUGAUUCAGCUGGUGUUCGCUCGGGAAGUACCUCGGCCGGCGGAUGUGCCAAGUGGUCCAACGGCUUUCCCCAUUUGUGGCACUUGCUUGCCCAUCCUGGGCACGACCUACCAGUCCAAGGGACCCUAUCCGAUCCCGGAGUACAACUUUGCUCAGAACGUCUUCCCCACAAGUGGCAAGUACCCCUGGGGCUCCACCGUUCGAUCUCAUGAAGGGCGCAAGCAAAGUGUCGGGGAGUUUGGGGCAGCGGUCAUUCACCGGGACGCCCAAUACUUCGAGAUCAUGACCGCGGAUGCCAACAUCGUCCAAGAGAUGAUCUCAAGACCUGCAGAUUUCCCCAAGCUUUGGAACCGCGAUGUCGAGGUCGGUUUGCAAGACUUCACCGCCAACGGGCUCUUCACCAGCAGUGAGAAGUCGGAGGAUUGGAAGACGGGGCAUAGUCUCCUUCCUCGCGGUUUCAAUCAGAUCAAAGUGAAGGGUUUUGCACCGCAGAUCCUGGCCAAGACUCGUGCUUUUGUUGCGGAAUGGUCCAAAUUUGAAGCCGGGCAGUUGGUGGAAGGCGUGAACGAGUGGCUGACCGCAAUGACCGCGGAUGCUGUGGUUUCAUGUAGCAUGGGAAUGGACAUGUGCAAUGUGGAGCGCUUGGGUUUGAAGCAGCCACCCCACAAGUUUGUGGAGACCUUUCGUUUUGGCCUCGGCGUGUCGAUCGGAAGCAUCACCACGCAGUCAGAGUACGGUCUCAAGCGCUUCCUGCCGUUCUUUGAUGCUGAAGGUCAACUUCAGGAGAAGUACGAAGCCACUAAGAAGGAGAUGCAGAGACAGGUGGAGGACUUGGUUGAAGCCACUCGAAGAGGUGAACUGAGUGAGAACUCCAUCAUUGCUGCCAUGCUCAACGAUAGUGCGGACGGCAAGAAGGUUCGAUUCGGCGCUCUGUACGGGCACGUGGUGAAUCUGAUGAUUGCAGGCCAUGAGACCACUGCCGCCACCCUGGGCUUCACGAUGCAGCUCUUGGCAGAGCAUCCGGAGUUUGAGCAGCGCGCGCUGGAGGAGGUGCGGCAGGUGCUGCAGGGCAAAAGCGAGCCGAGCGUAGAGGACGUGCCGAAGCUCCAGUUCGUGGAGCAGUGCUUCCGCGAGGCCCUGAGGCUCUACAGCCCGGUGACCUCCAUCACGCGGGACGUGGCGUAUGAUACCCUGCUGGGCGGUCAUCGCGUGUAUCAAGGCGAGAGGAUCAACCUGGUGACACGGGCCUUGCAUACGAACCCGGAGUACUGGGGUGGGGAAUUUGGAGAUCCAUUGAGCUUCAACCCAGAUCGUUUCUCGCCCGAAGCAGUGAGGCAGCGACAUCCCAACGCCUACCACCCGUGGGGCUUCGCCACACGCGCUUGCAUUGGCAGUCAGUUCGCUCUCUUCGAGGCCAAAACCUUCUUGGCCUCGAUGCUGAUCCACUUCCAACUGAAAGGCGUUCCAGGAUACAAGAUGGUGGCCAAUUGCGAGGGUGGGGGUGCUGCACCCUCCCCGGAGAAGUUGGCCUUCCACAUCUUCCCCCGGCCUGGUGGACCGGUGUGGUCUGAUGGUACCAUGAAGCCCCUGUGCGUGUCCGACACGGAAGCCACGGAAGCCACAGAAGCCGAGGACGUGAUCCAGGAUGAUGCCAGCGACAGUAGCUGAGCUGAGUUGAUGGUCAUGGAGUCAUGGCCGGAAGUGGCAAGACCUGCAUGAUAAUGUCGAAGUCUGAGCUCGGUUGGUAUGUUUCGUUUUGUUUGUACAGUUCGGGGAUGAACCCCUAAGCCCUAGAUCUUUGUCUGGAAGUCUUCCAUUGUACAGAAGCCGGCUGCGGAUCGUUGGCCGAAAGGGAGACUUGAAGUACAAAGACUGCCCUCUGGACUCGCCUCGGAUCGAUGGCUGUCCAAGGCAAUGCUGGGAUUCCAGGAUGUAAGGAAGGAAGGCCC